AUGGGGCUGCGGUCAUCUGACAGCCCUACUGAAGUCCAAGAGGGCCUCAGGCACCUGUCCCGAUGCUCAAAGUGGCAGCGCAUCCUGUUCUCCCCAGGGGACCUCCAUCCUCCAGGACGUCAGAGCAGCUUCUUCACAGGUUCUUUUCUGGUCUGCGGUGUAACAGAACAGACGGCGCAGCCCCGGGCUCAGCGCUGGACGGGCCGGAGGCGCUCGGCGCAUAGCGCGAGCGACGCAGGCCCACAGACGUUGGCCGGCUGCGUCCUGCCGCGGUGGACGAGGAGCCACCCUCUCCCGGGCGGGACCCUUAUCUCCGCAGGCCCACACCCAGGCCCGGGAGGCGGUGAGCCCGGAGCAGAGGACGGGCCGCUGCCAGGGGCGCAGCCCUCGCGGUGCGCCCCAGGCCCCGAGGUCUUUGGUCCCGGCCCCGCCGCCCCUCCCAACCCAGCGGCCCCCUCUCCGCCGCCUACGCCACCCCGGCCGUGGCGCCGCAGCGGGGUCCGGGAGCGCAGCGCUGCGGGCGAGGGGAUCAGGGCGGGCGCAGCCCCGGGGUCUGCGCCGGCCGCCUGCCUCUCCGCUGACCCGUGUCCCCCGGCGGCCGGCGCCGUCCCCAGGCCCUCCCCUCCCCAGUCUAGCGCCUUCCUCUCCAUCGAGCCUUUCGCCUCGCGCCCCUGGCCCACUUCCCGGCGGCUCGGCCUGCCCGGCAGACGCACCGCCCCAGCCCACCCUCGCCCACCCCCGACUGCGACGCAGCUGGUUGCUAACGGGGGCUUGGCUUUGCUCUUGUUCAAGCACGUUUCCGUCGGUGACACAGCCGUCUCACCCCGGGGCUCCAGCCGAGGUGCGUCGCCCUGGCUGUCGGCUUGGGGGUGGGGAUCCCGUGGGGUGCGCGCCCCUCCACACCGCGGGCGGGGUCUGCUGGGCCGGCGUUGGGGCGCUCGCGGCUGGGUAGGCAGGCCCACAGGACGCCUGUCCCCGGCCUGGCUGACGCGCUGCCUGCGGAAAGGCAGAGACACGCGAACCCCAGGGGAACAGAGCAAGGAGAACCCCUUCCCCUGGAGACCGCGUGGGCGCAGCCUGACAUCUACCUGCCAUCAGCUUCCUCCUCUCGGGCCUGAACCCAGGGGCCGAUCACUGGGGACGUCGCGUGCACCCUGGGGCGCGCGCCGCCGGCCCCCACCGCCCUGCCGUCCUGGCACCUGCGAGGGGCGACGGGGGCUCCGAGACGCGCUUGCACCUCCGCGUCCCGGGGCAGCAGGCGCUGGAGGAUUCGGGCAGCCAGCUGCCCACCCGCCUGGCCUGGCGCUCUGCCCUGCCCCCGCCCCGCGCACUCUCCUGAGGGGGUCGGGCAGCCGCGCGCUCCGUGGGGCCUCGGCCCGCGGGGACCGGGCAGGCGGUGCCCGGCCCGGGACGAGGUCGCCUGCCGGCCGCAGCGCGGGACCCGAGGCACAGCGCGCCGGGAGCCCGUCGGCGUCCGGGCGCAGGCGGCCGCGGGUUCCGGUCAGGGACGGAACCGGGCCCCGCCGCCAAGGGCCAGGCUGGCUCUGGGGCGGGGCGGAGGCGCGGGGCGCCUCCCUGGGCUGCGCGCCUGCAGCUCCUUCCCAGGUCGCGACCCCGACAGGCCGGCGGCUGGAAGAAGGCCCCGGACAGCACCGCCCGGAACACGCUCGGGUGGGAAGGGCCUUCCUCCGUGAAGCACAGCCUCAGCCGGCUCCAGCCUGUUCCGGCCCGUCGCGGGGGGGCGGGGGCGGCCGCGGCGGCGGGAGGCGGAGCGCGCGGGGGAGGGCCGUGCCCCGGCGGGGCAGGAAGGGACCCCCGCGGCGGCGGAUCGCCUCCCGGGGUCAGUUCGAGGAUCCGAACGCGCCGGCUGAGCCUUCCCGGCCUCCGGGGCUCACGGGAGUGAACGGGAGGCGGCGGCCGGCGGCCCUAAACUUUGCCUUGGGGAGAAAUAUCCAGCUUUCACUGACACGCCCCGCGCACCGCCGAUCGCUCAAACUGCUCCCCAAAGAAGGUGCUGGUGCUGAGCAGCAGCGUGUGGACCUGCUUCAUGACAAGAUGUACCUGGAAUACCAAAAACAAACUCCUAGAGGAGAAACUCCAAUGAUAUCUUUAUCCACAAAGCAAAAUACUCCUCAAUUCUGUUCUUGUUAUAAGGCUGUUCUCAUCUCACAUGAGUAUUUCCACAGGAACAAGAAGCAACAGCAAUCUACAUGAGUUCUGUUGGGAAGCUCAAAGAAAACAGGUAAGACCAUUCCCAUUAAAUUGUACUGCCUGUGGGUUAAAGACUUGAUCUAAGUUAGAUAUAAAGGAUAAGUGUUAUGAAACAAACAAUCAGGAAUUAAAAACAAAAAUCUGCCAUUUAACAUGGACCAGCAUGAGGUUUUUCUGCCCUGAAGUUAGAGACUGCCUCUACAUAAUCACAUUAGC